AUGGCCGGGCCACCGCCACCCUGGGCCUGCACAGCCGUCCUCCUCUGCGCGCUCAGCCUCAGCGGGGCCAUCGAGAUUCCCAUGGACCCAAGCAUUCAGAAUGAGCUGUCCCAGCCCCCGACCAUCACCAAGCAGUCAGUGAAGGACCACAUUGUGGAUCCCCGUGACAACAUCUUGAUUGAGUGUGAAGCCAAGGGGAACCCUGCCCCCAGCUUCCACUGGACGCGCAACAGCAAGUUCUUCAACAUCGCCAAGGACCCCCGGGUGUCGAUGAGGAGGCGGUCUGGGACCCUGGUGAUCGACUUCCGCAGUGGCGGGCGGCCCGAGGAGUAUGAGGGGGAAUACCAGUGCUUUGCCCGCAACAAAUUCGGCACGGCCCUGUCCAAUCGGAUUCGCCUGCAGGUGUCCAAAUCCCCCCUGUGGCCCAAGGAAAACCUAGACCCCGUCGUGGUUCAAGAAGGUGCCCCCUUGACACUCCAGUGCAACCCCCCACCUGGGCUUCCAUCCCCAGUCAUCUUCUGGAUGAGCAGCUCCAUGGAGCCCAUCACCCAAGACAAACGUGUCUCCCAGGGCCAUAAUGGAGACCUGUAUUUCUCUAAUGUGAUGCUGCAGGACAUGCAGACAGACUACAGCUGCAAUGCCCGCUUCCACUUCACCCACACCAUCCAGCAGAAGAACCCAUUCAACCUCAAAGUCCUGACCACCCGAGGAGUUGCAGAGAGAACACCCAGCUUCAUGUAUCCCCAGGGCACUGCGAGCAGUCAGAUGGUGCUGCGUGGCAUGGACCUCCUGCUGGAGUGCAUCGCCUCUGGGGUCCCAACACCAGACAUUGCAUGGUACAAGAAGGGUGGGGACCUGCCAUCUGACAAGGCCAAGUUUGAGAACUUCAACAAGGCCCUGCGCAUCACCAAUGUGUCCGAGGAAGACUCUGGGGAGUAUUUCUGCCUGGCCUCCAACAAGAUGGGCAGUAUCCGGCACACGAUCUCGGUGAGAGUGAAGGCUGCUCCCUACUGGCUGGAUGAACCCAAGAACCUCAUCCUGGCUCCUGGCGAGGAUGGGAGACUGGUGUGUCGAGCCAAUGGGAACCCCAAGCCCACGGUCCAGUGGAUGGUGAAUGGGGAACCUUUGCAAUCGGCACCGCCCAACCCCAACCGUGAGGUGGCCGGGGACACCAUCAUCUUCCGUGACACGCAGAUCAGCAGCCGGGCCGUGUACCAGUGCAACACUUCCAACGAGCACGGCUACCUGCUGGCCAACGCCUUCGUCAGCGUGCUGGAUGUGCCGCCUCGGAUGCUGUCACCCCGGAACCAGCUCAUCAGGGUGAUCCUGUACAACCGGACCCGGCUGGACUGCCCGUUCUUUGGGUCUCCCAUCCCCACGCUCCGAUGGUUUAAGAAUGGACAAGGAAGCAACCUGGAUGGUGGCAACUACCACGUCUACGAGAACGGCAGUCUGGAAAUCAAGAUGAUCCGAAAAGAGGACCAGGGCAUCUACACCUGUGUUGCCACCAACAUCCUGGGCAAAGCGGAGAACCAGGUCCGCCUCGAGGUCAAAGACCCCACGAGGAUCUACCGGAUGCCCGAGGACCAGGUUGCCAAGAGGGGCACCACAGUGCAGCUGGAGUGCCGUGUGAAGCAUGACCCCUCCCUGAAGCUCGCGGUCUCCUGGCUGAAGGAUGAUGAGCCGCUCUACAUCAGCAACAGAAUGAAGAAGGAGGAGGACUCCCUGACCAUCUUCGGUGUGGCCGAGCGGGACCAGGGCAGCUACACGUGUGUCGCCAGCACCGAGCUGGACCAGGACCUGGCCAAAGCCUACCUGACGGUGCUAGCUGAUCAGGCUACUCCAACUAACCGUUUGGCUGCCCUUCCCAAAGGACGACCGGACCGACCCCGGGACCUGGAGCUCACUGACCUGGCCGAGAGAAGCGUGAGGCUGACCUGGAUCCCAGGGGACGACAACAACAGCCCCAUCACAGACUACGUUGUCCAGUUUGAAGAAGACCAGUUCCAGCCAGGGGUCUGGCAUGACCAUUCCAAGUUCCCGGGCAGUGUCAACUCAGCUGUGCUCCGGCUGUCACCCUACGUCAAUUACCAGUUCCGGGUCAUCGCCAUCAACGAGGUGGGCAGCAGCCACCCCAGCCUCCCGUCUGAGCGCUACCGAACCAGCGGAGCACCCCCCGAGUCCAACCCGUCCGACGUGAAGGGAGAGGGGAGCAGGAAGAACAACAUGGAGAUCACGUGGACGCCCAUGAAUGCCACCUCCGCCUUCGGCCCCAACCUGCGCUACAUUGUCAAGUGGCGGCGGAGAGAGACCCGCGAGGCCUGGAACAACGUCACGGUGUGGGGCUCCCGCUAUGUGGUGGGGCAGACCCCCGUCUACGUGCCCUACGAGAUCCGAGUCCAGGCUGAAAACGACUUUGGGAAGGGCCCUGAGCCAGACACCGUCAUCGGUUACUCUGGAGAAGAUUAUCCCAGGGCUGCACCCACUGAUGUUAAAAUCCGAGUCCUGAACAGCACCGCCAUCAGCCUGCAGUGGAACCGCGUCUACUCCGACACGGUCCAGGGCCAGCUCAGAGAAUAUCGAGCCUACUACUGGAGGGAGAGCAGCUUGCUGAAGAACCUGUGGGUGUCUCAGAAGAGGCAGCAAGCUGGCUUCCCCGGCGACCGCUUGCGUGGCGUGGUGUCCCGCCUCUUCCCCUACAGUAACUACAAGCUGGAGAUGGUUGUGGUCAAUGGGCGAGGCGAUGGGCCUCGCAGUGAAACCAAGGAGUUCACCACCCCGGAAGGAGUACCCAGUGCCCCCAGGCGUUUCCGAGUCCGGCAGCCCAACCUGGAGACAAUCAACCUGGAAUGGGAUCAUCCAGAACACCCCAAUGGGAUCCUGAUUGGAUAUACUCUCAAAUACGUGGCCUUUAAUGGAACCAAAGUAGGAAAGCAGAUAGUGGAAAACUUCUCUCCCAAUCAGACCAAGUUCACGGUGCAAAGAGCAGACCCCGUGUCGCGCUACCGCUUUUCCCUCAGUGCCAGGACGCAGGUGGGCUCAGGGGAAGCAGUCACGGAGGAGUCACCAGCGCCCCCCAAUGAAGCCACUCCAACCGCAGCGCCUCCCACGUCGCCCCCGACCACGGUGGGUGUGCCUGGCACGGUGAGCAGUACCGAUGCCCCUGCCACCACCGCCACCACCGAAGCCACAACAGUCCCCACCGUCCCACCUGUCGCACCUACCACCGCCGCCACCACCGAGGCCACAGCCACUACGGCCUCCACCGCCGCCACCACCACGGAGAGUCCCGCCGCCACCAGGACUGAGAUCCGAGAAUCGGCCCCCGACGAGCAGUCCAUCUGGAACGUCACUGUGCUCCCCAACAGUAAAUGGGCCAACAUCACCUGGAAGCACAAUUUCGGGCCCGGAACUGACUUUGUGGUUGAGUACAUCGACAGCAACCAUACGAAAAAAACUGUCCCUGUUAAGGCCCAGGCCCAGCCCCUACAGCUGACAGACCUCUAUCCCGGGAUGACAUACACGUUGCGCAUUUAUUCCCGGGACAACGAGGGCAUCAGCAGUGCCGUCAUCACCUUUAUGACCAGUGCAGCCUACACCAACAACCAGGCGGAUAUCGCCACCCAGGGCUGGUUCAUCGGGCUCAUGUGUGCCGUCGCCCUGCUGGUGCUGAUCCUGCUCAUCGUCUGUUUCAUCAAGAGGAGUCGCGGCGGCAAGUACCCCGUGCGAGAAAAGAAGGAUGUGCCCCUUGGACCUGAAGACCCCAAAGAAGAGGAUGGCUCCUUCGAUUACAGUGACGAGGACAACAAGCCCCUGCAGGGCAGCCAGACGUCCCUGGACGGCACCAUCAAGCAGCAGGAGAGCGACGACAGCCUGGUGGACUACGGCGAGGGCGGGGAGGGCCAGUUCAACGAGGACGGCUCCUUCAUCGGCCAGUACACGGUCAAGAAGGACAAGGAGGAGACGGAGGGCAACGAGAGCUCGGAGGCCACGUCGCCAGUCAACGCCAUCUAUUCUCUGGCCUAACGGAGGCUUGCAGGCACAGCCGCUACUCUGCAAGCAGGAGGAGGGGAGAGGGGGAGAUGAGCCGCCGCAGACCUGCCCCAGAGCUGCCACCACCUUCAGGGACGGGGGAACAGCACGAGAGGCUGCCAAGCCGUGAGGACCAGCGACCGCCCAGCCGACCACAAGCCCCCUCCCGAUGACCCCCCGGUGCCACCUGUGGGCAAGCUGCUGCCUCGGCUCAGCUCCGCUGGAGGGAGCCCCGGUCUCUCACUCAGCCUCACAGUCACCCCAGGCCUCCGCCACACUGCCCGCCCCCGACCUCCACACACACACUCACCGGUUUUCUGUUGGUUACAGUCCUCGUCGUCUUUAUUUUUGCUCUGUGAGUCUUCCCCCUGCAGACCCAACAUCUCCAUUUUCUUUUCCUUUUGAAGAAAUGUCCCUGGAAAAAGAAACGAUAGGCGGAUUCUCCCCCAGGAAACUGCAAAGAUAGGCAAAAAGGAUUGCUCUGUAAGCGAACAUACAGAAGACCUAUAGUAUUCAAACUGCUGCUGGGCCCAUGUAUUUCCCAAGGAUGCCUUUCUCAUCACAUGCCUCCCCAGACCCCCAACCCCUCCGCCUCAGCCUUGCCAGCUGCUGAGCUUGGGCUUGGCUCCUUUCUGGGAAACGACAGUAUUUUUGGCAGGGAGGGAGAGGGGGGUCAGGCCUCCUUGCCUGGCUCUGGUUCAGCUGGGGGCGGUGGGCUUACCUCUUGCUCCUCGCUCUCACCCUGCCCCUUGCUCUGGAGCAUCCAAGACAAAAGCUGUGCUGACUGAAGGAGUCUGAGGAACAGGAGUGGGCAUCAAGGCGAAGGACUUUGGCUCCAAUGACCGUGUACCUCAAGCAGAGGGAAGCCAGGCGUCUGGUCCCUGGGGAGCCGUUCGCGCCCCGAGAGAGAAGGGAAGGGCUGGGUUUGGACUGCCUUCCUCCUCCUCAGUGAGACUCAGGAUGUGGGGCAGAGGACCACGCCCCCCGCAUCCAGGGUGGGGGCCGCCCCCUACCAGGUCAGGGUCUGUGCUGCUGCCCCCCGGGAGACAGACCCAACAAUGCGAAGGCUGUGCUGGUGUGCCUGGGGGUGGAGCAGCACUCCCCUUGGGUGUCUGGCCGGUAGCCUCUCCUCGGUCGGCUCUGUGUGAUGGUGAACCUGGUGUCUUAUGGUGUGUGGAUGGGGUGCGGCUGCCCCCAGGACUGAGCCUGUGUGUCCGUUCCUUAGGGUGUUCAUGUAUCAGGAGCCCCCUCAGGACCGCGGUACUCAGUGCUGCAGAGAGCCUGGCAGCGCUCUUCGUAUGCCUUAUGCAGCUCUGAGCUGUCCCUGCAGUUCCCAGGUCCCCAGCCCCUCCCUGCAAGCCUUGAAGCCUCCAGUGACACCUGUCUCAAGGAGAGUGGGGCGGCCUAUGCAAGCGUCCCAGCAGAACCAGAAGCAGCCACUCAACACGUGCCCCAGAUGGAGACACUCGCAGACCUGCGGUUCUCAGAGACCCAAGGCUCUGCCUUCAUCCUCCCCACCUAUUCCAUUUUGAAACCAAAGGUACCUAGCCUCAGACAGAGAGAUCCUGAGCCUAAGCGUAGCCCUUCGGCUGUGGGUGCAGCCAGAGCUGCUUUUAGGAGGGUGGAGCUGACCCCCAGAGUGGACCGCCUGCCACAGACACAGCCUCUGGCUGCUUGCCAGGGCACCUGGGCAGGAGCAGUGCUGUGUCCUUCAGAGACCUUAUUUAAGCUUCGUUUGCCACACCUUUAAGCCACAAAGGUAUUAGCAAUGCUUGCACCCCUUACUGGUCAGUUUAAGGUCAAGCCUCUAGACACGUGUACUGUGCAGAUAAGAAAAGGUAGCCCCGAGCCGCACCAGUUGUGCCGUUUGGACCCAUGGGCAGGCAGGUACCCGCUGGCCCGAGCCGCGGGAGGUGUGCAGGCAGGAGGCCUGAGGCGGCUCUCACGGUCAGAGGGACCAUGUGACCGGUAGGGGCUGGGAGCUAGCUCAGGGGUGCCCUCCCCAGGCUUCCACCCCCCACCUGCAUGGAUGCCGCUGGGCAUUCCUGGAGCCUGGGCAGGGAAUGCCGGGGAGGUGUGCCUGUGUGCUGAUUCUGGGAAACGCUCUGGCUCGGAGCAGAGCAGUCGCUUCUCAGGCCUCCACAUCGCUCUGCACUCGCGCUGGAAGCAAGCUCUGCAGGCAGGGUGGACGGUGCGCUGUCGUCAUACGGUCCCCCUGCCUCAGGAAAGCCCUUCUUCACACGACCCGUGCCAGGGGAAGGGGUU